AUGGGAACAUCCUUUAUUCCUCGAAAAGGAAGGAGCCUUGUCAUGAGAUUCUUGAUUGGACAGCUGUGCGAGACUGAAUCAAUGACUGGUCUUUUAGGGUUCUUCAUGACUCGUAAGCACAUUGGGACAUCUGAGGCAACAGCUGCUGGAGAAAAGGUAAAAUAUGGAUCUUUUAUGAUAGAUUUCGGGAGGUUAGCUGGCGUUACGGUUGAACAAACGCAGUUCGAUCAUUUGGUUGCGUCGCUAGAUGCAGAAACUUUGUCUCAUGCUACCGAUAUUUUAUGUCAGCCGCCAGAAAAACCAUACACCGCACUUAAAGAAAGAUUGUUAGCGGAGUUCGAAUUUUCUCAGAGUCGUAAAGUAAAGACAUUAAUUGAAGACUUAGAAUUAGGUGACAAAUCUCCAUCUAUGUUAUUACGAAAAAUGAAAGAAUUAAGUCGAGAGCACAUGGUAUCCGGUCAAGUAGGGUCAUCAGUAGUUCUUCCAUGUGAGGUAGACACUGUCCAUUGUGGUAGAGUCUACGUCAUCACGUGGACGAAGCGUCCUUCCCUUCCCGAAACUGCUGACUGGAGCAGAGUUUACUUGUAUAGCGACACCCAUUCCCGUCCCAUGGGGGAUCUCGCAGGACGGGCCCAUUUCGGUCCCAGAGACGGGUUGCAUCUGCGGAACCUGGGAGUCGCAGACGAAGGGAUCUACAAAUGUGACGUCACCUACGUGCACGGGAAAUGCCCAUCCCUUACCCUCACCAGACUACGAGCUUUGAUGAAACCAAGCGCACCAGAGCUUUACAUUAACAGCAAUCCUGUUUUCAAUGCCACAGAAACCGUUGGACCCUAUAUCGAAGGCACUCAUCUAGUUGUCGAUUGUCGAUCGAGUGGAGGUCGACCGCCUCCAAAUAUAAGCUUGCUGAACGGAACAAGAGUAAUACCAACACAGCAACAGCAGCAGCAAACCAGAGAAGGUGCUGAUGGAGGAAGUGACGUCAUUGCGACUGCUCGUUUCGUCUUGUCAAGAUGGGAUCUUGAGUCGAAGAUUGAAUGUCGAGUCGAGAGUGACGCAGUCCCGACGCCCAUAUCUCGGAUAGUAAAGCUAGAUGUGCACGUCAGCCCGGUUAGUUUGAGACUUAGAGGUCCUACUACUCCAGUUGUUGCUGGAGAAAUGGUGUCCCUCACGUGUACAGCAGAAGGAGCAAGACCACCUGCUCAUAUAGCAUGGUUUAACCGGUCCAUUGAGGUGUCUCCACGACCACCCCAAUCUAGGGAUCUGAUGAGCGACGCGACUUGGAGGACAUCUUCGACUCUUGUCUUCGUUGCUUCUCGACAUGAUCAUCGGGCGGAAUUUCGUUGCGAAGGUCGAAAUGAAGUGCAAGAAACAGAAGGACAGUCUCCUCUCAUUCAUGCGAUCACUUUAGAAGUAUUAUAUCCACCAUCAGUAUGGGUGGAACCUGAAGAAGGAUUAACUGUUAACGAGACAGGAGAAGCAACGUUAACAUGCGGAUUUAGUGCAAAUCCACCGAAUGUUACUGAAGUCACUUGGUACAAACAAGACACGCCUCUAUCUAAUAACCCCGCCUCAUCUGCUUCGGCCCCGCCCAGCAUUCAUCUAUUACUUAGAAACAUUUCAAGAAAAGAUACAGGCUCGUACAGUUGUCAUGUAAGAAAUGCUUUUGGGAGAGGGAAUUCAAGUAAUUCAGUUUCAAUUAAGGUUUUAUAUCCUCCAACUGUCCGAAUUACUGUAACACCAAGCGUGGCUACAGAACUCUCAGAUGCCGUUCUUCAGUGUCACCCAGUUGACGGAAAUCCUUUGGAAUUGUCGGAAGUCAGGUGGUUUCGCGAUGGACAAACGAUAUUAUCCGACGAAGGCGGAGAAUCGGAAAUUCGACUGUCUAACCUCACUCGUUGGCAUACUGGAAAUUACUCGUGCCGUGGACUGAAUACAGCAGGGUGGAGCAGAAAUUCAGAAACUGAGUACCUCGACUUGCAUUAUCCUCCAGGGUCUGCUCACAUCACUUUGCUAGAAGCUCAUGCUCUCAAAGGGCAAACUGUAACGCUGAGUUGCGAGCUUGAUGAUCUAGGACAUCCUCCAGCCAACAAGUAUUUGUGGGAGAGUCCUACUGGAGAGCAUCCCAGAAGAGUAGCCACUCCAGACUCCGUGCUUAGAAUGGAAGGUGUUGGUGCAGGUGCUGAAGGAGUUUACUUCUGUGCUGGGAGGAACGAAGCUGGAACUGGACCAUUAGGGCAUUAUUCAUUAAAACUUUCAGCUACCCCUUCUUUUGUUCGAGCUCUACCUCCAGAAAGUGGAGCCCCACGCAACGCUUCAUCCGUCCGUUUGGUGUGCCAUGUGGAGUGCGAUCCAGCGUGCGACAUUUCUUGGUACCGAGGUACCGAACCUUUGAAAAAUUCAAAGUUUUUUUCCAUAGAGACUUUGACUUUAGAUCCAGAUCCAAAGAGAAACUUAUUGCGCUCAUCUGUUGGAAGUUUGUCCUGGUCUCCGAGUCAUCUUCCUGCAAGCAGUGGUGAUUUUUUUGACUCCAGUACUUUUAGCUGUAUUAGCUCUGGAAACGAAUUAGGGGCUGGAGUUAACAGUUCGACGCUUUUCAAAAUAGAAUAUCCACCAGAGAAUAUAUAUGUGUCUCCGCCCUCCUUAGAACUUACAGAAGGUACAGGAAUCAUCCCUCCCGAAGUGACGUGUGGGGUUUCUUCCUAUCCUCCAGGAAAAUUCCUGUGGACCCGAGGUGAAGACGGCGUUCUGUCCCAUUCACCAAAACUGAAAUUCAACGCGUCUGUUGUGUCCAGAGAAAUAGCUGGAACUUAUACCUGUCACGUCAGAAAUUCACAUGGAAAAGUUAGCAAAGAGUUCGAGCUCAAAGUUAGACAUCGCCCAGACUGCACAAUUCGAAAGGAUUCCGGUUCAGAUCGUCGUAUAGUUCUAGUUUGCAAAUCUUCUGCUCACCCAUCCGUCACAUCUUUUUCUUGGUUUAGAGAUAAUGUAUCUCUUGUACCUGGAGAAGAGCAAGUGAAAGAAGGAACUAGUUACCUUUCUCUUCCCCCAGAAGACUCAGAACCAGCUCGUUAUUCUUGCGUUGCUACUAAUCUCGUCGGAAGUUCUGAACCUUGCAGACUGCAAGUUGCAGCAUUACCGGCGCCAUCAGGUUGGGUGCUUCAAGAAGAAAACCUGAUCAUUGUAGCUGGAGUGGCUGGAGGGCUUCUAAUAUUAAUGCUACUAAUGGUUAUUGCGGCAGCAGUCGUAGCAGUUCGACGGAGAAUGUCUGCUAUUGAUAAACCAGAUAUGGAUGAAAGGCAAAAUUUAGAAGUACGUGGCUGUAGUGAGGUUUCAGCUUUGUGUGGCAGCUUGACUCCUCCACCUUUAACGGGAUCAGGACUUAUAAAACCUCCACUAAUACAAGAAGAAAAGAAGCACCCGUACCUGCUAAGUACGACACCUGUUCAUUCUAGAGGAAGAAGAUUUCUUCCAAAUAAUUGCCCAGACAUGUACAGAGUAAGAGAUAUAUGUCAGCUCGACCAUGUGAAUAAAGCAGGAUGAUGAAGCGCGGAAAACAUUAGUACAUUAAUAAAGGUUAUGAUUACAUUCCCAAGACUAAAUGACUAAGAGGAUACAAAGAAGUAUGUAAGAAGAAAAAGACUCCAGAUUCAUUAUUUUAUGUCCAGCAUGUCAACGAUUUAUUGUGAAGUACAGAUCGUGAUCAACAUGCUACUGUUAUAAGUGGUGAAGAUUCUUGAGACAUAAGAGGGACUUAUGAGAAUAAAUAACCGAAAAUCCAUUGGAUUACAUAAUCUGUGCCUUCCUGGGUUUUCUCGGCACGUAGUCCCAUUGUCUUUUAUAC